AUGGCGUCUCUUUUGCCCGACGAGAUCAUCUAUAAACAUUCGGAUUUCUCAGUCAGGACUUACGAAACAGCCCUUAUGUUCAUCGAUGUUUCAGGGUUUACCGAUAUUUGCGAGGCUUACACAAAAGCAGGACGCGGCGGUCCCUCAAGAUUGACUCAGGUCCUUAAUACUUACAUUGGUGCUAUGGUCCAAGAGAUCCUAACUCACAACGGCGACAUACUGAAAUUCUCCGGGGACGCUUUCCUCUCCAUGUGGAAGAAGACGCCCAGUGGCAACAUGCAGGACGUGGUCCACAAUGCCAUCGAUUGCGGCCUCCUCAUCCAAAAGAACUAUGGAAGAUACAUGACGGAUGUUGGUGUGCCGCUUAAAGUGAAGGUGGCUAUCGCGGCGGGCGUGUCCCACUUCUCCAUAAUCGGUGGUGGGGAAGCCUCGCUGGCCCACUACGUAAUCGUGGGACAGCCGGUGUGGGACGUGAAGACUGCCGAGUACAUGAGCAGCGCCGGCGACGUCCUCACGGCAGCCAGCGCCUGGAUGUACGUCAACGAGACGGAGUAUUACACCCAGCCGUUUGGCGACGGCAAACAUACGAAGGUACUUGGUAUUGGAGCAACGUGGAAGAGAGUGGAGAAGUUGCAUUCAGUUGUUGGAUUAUCGAAUGUACGCCCGUCGGUGAUAGCAGCCAUUCGCGGCUCUUGGGCGCUCCCCCUCCGCCGAUUUAUGGUGACGCCGGUCCUCCGCGCGGUGGACAACGACGAACCGAUGGACUUCCUCGCCGAGGUGCGCCGGGUCCUGGUGGUCUUCAUCAACAUCAUUACGAGGCCAGUCAGAGGAGACGUCCUCAUAAGCGUCGUCGACGCCGCUUACAAGCGAGUCUGCAGCGUAACAACGAAGGCUGGCGGUCUAGUGAAUAAGGUGUCUAUGUUUGAUAAGGAUAUGAUGUUUUUGGUUGUGUUCGGUUUGCGUGGUCUAAAGCACGAGGAUGAGGCCAGAAAGGCGCUCCAGUGCGCUCUAACUCUAAAGGAAACCCUCACAGACUCGAAUAUAAUUAGCGUCAGCAUUGGCGUUACUUCCGGGUCAACCUACUGUGGGGUCGUCGGCCACUUUUUGCGCCGUGAAUACACAGUUAUUGGGUCAGCGGUUAACAAGGCCGCCAGAUUGAUGAUUGCGUACCAGGACAAAGUGACCUGCGACAAGGAGACUUUCCUGAAGAGCAAACUGGACCAUGACAAUUUUAAACUGAUGGAGGAGAAACCUCUGAAAGGUUUUAUGAAGCCUGGUCCAAUAUACGAAUACAAUACACCGAGACGAUCGGACUACCUAGGCUGCUGGAAACACCCACUGUUGGGACGUAACGAGGAGCUUCGCAAAUACAAAAUGACUUUUCACAACGCCCUGGAGCAGCAAAAUCAAAAGUUCACAAGAUAUUGCGACCACAAAUACGCGAUGGCAUUUUUGGGCCCGGAGCAAAGUGGCAAAACCAGAUUGCUUGAGGAGUGCCUAUACAUAACACCGAAGUUCGUGUUGGUCGACCGAAUUUAUUUGAAGUCUGAAGACAAGAUGCCGUUUGGGGUGGUGCGGAGAAUCGUUGCUAAAAUUUUCACGACUCAUAUGCGUCCAGCAAGGGAGAACCGUGAAAAUCGAAUUAGACUAAGUAUCGAUGUCACAUCUCUACGGGCCAUAGAGAUUUAUGCUCUUAACACGAUCUUUGACUGCCGUUUCCCUUUACCCGAGAAGUUUUCUUAUUCCGGUGAUUUUCUGGUUGAAUUUAACAUAAAGGGUCUCAUUAAGGAAGUAUUUCUCAAGAACAUACCAAGCCUACGUUUGAUCGCUAUUAUGGAGGCUCAGAACGCUGAUGACGAAUCUUGGCGUGUCAUAUUAUUACUUCUGGACACCAAGAAGAUCUUCUUCCUCAUGACUAUAAAAAACACUGAAAAUUUAUCAGCGAUGGCAAAUUCUUGUUUGGAGAGUAACAUGAUAGUGAAGCUGGAGCUGUGUGGGAUCGACCGUUGGUACCAUGCGGCGCUGGUUUGCCAGAUGCUGGACGUGCAAGCCAUACCAGCAGAUUUAGAGAAACUGAUUGAAAGCGCCAGCGACGGCAUGCCUGGGUGGAUACAAAAUUUCGUGAUAUCGCUGGUGCAGCGUGGCGGGCUAACAAUAGUGUCCGUGACCCGCAGUGAGGCCCAAGAGUGCGGUGCCGUAAUUCCAUCGUUGCCUUUGCUCCAGCGCUCGCAACGUGACAUGUCUUUCUACGACGAAUGGCUCGCAGGCCAGGUAGCUGUUGCGAAACUGUUCUCCAUCCGAGUGUUGGAGUGCGAGGGGGGAGAUUUCACUCGCGACAGCUCCUUGGUAAUGGUGCAUCCCGCGCCAAUACCUCACGACGCUAAGCCGCCAUAUUGUGCCUGCCUAGGCGUUAGGCCUCCGCCCAAUUGUCAAGACUUGCCGACUUACGCAUUCUGCGGUUACAUGAAAUUCAAACACACGCUGUUCCGAACAACCACAUACGAAUUGCUAACGGAGAAUCAAAAGCUUACUAUGCACACGAGGGCGUUAUUGUAUUUAGAGCGUUACACGAGACGUUGCCUAUCAUGCGGCAGCGGUUGCUUCAUAAAAUUCCUUGGACUAGGUUGCAAUGAUGGAUUAAUUCAGGAAAGUGAAGAAUUGAAGACCGCCAGGCGUGAAAUAUCCGCAUUCAGCGCUGAAACGAAGAUCCCUGGUGAACAGAACCUGCAAACGCCGUGCACCUCCGAAAUUUCUUUGGAGCUUAUGGUAAAUGUUCACAGAAACACAAACACCACGAUAUUAACGGAGUCUGAGGGAUUAACGGGUUCUUCAAGGCGAAUACGUCGAUCGGAUAAAGUAUACAGCGUUAACAAAAGUGGAAAUGACUUUUUCUCAUAUGACUUUACCGAUUGCGAGUGUGUUGCGAUUCUACAUUCUGCCUACUCACAAGCUGUGGAGCAUUCUCUUGGGGCUGAAGAGUAUGAGAAAUUGUUCGAAGCAUAUUUAGAGUACACCGACUUGAGCGUGAUAAACCUGAACACACCACAAGCGAUUCGACUUUUGUCCGACGUGGAAAGUUUGAUUAAUAGUGAGAAGUUUUGCACCAGAAGCUUCGGCGAAGUGAAGUGGAUGAAUGAUUUUCGUUUAGGACGGGUGUUGGCCCAUCGUGGAGCCUGCCUCUUGGAGUCGGGUGAUAGGAACGAAGCCAGGAGGCUCUUGCUUCACGCUUUGGAACUAUUCGACGAUCCAUUUCCGUCUUCGAAGCAUACCAAGCGUUUACGCGACAUGCGCGUGUCAAUUAAUCUAUUAGUGGCGUUCUACAUCCGUCCACGGUUUUGCGUAGCUAGAGACAGAGGAGUUACUGGGAUCUUCUAUGAGUACAUCGCUUGGACUCUUGUCAGUCUGCAUAAAAUGUUUACUGAUUGCAACGAAAAGUCAAACGCUAUUUUGGCCGCAAAAUUGGCAAUGGACUACGCGUUGAGAACGAAUUCCAACUUUCGUUUACUGUGUGUUUGUUAUGGAAAUUUGAUGACACAGUACAGGCAAGAUCAUUAUUUCUCGAUGUGUGAGAGAUUGGAACAGCUCUCAAUGGACGUGUGUAAACGUAAACUUGCAAAAGUCGACGUGACCGAAGUGCAGGCCGUGGGUUACUUGUACACCAGCAUAUUUCUCUUUCACGCGGAGAGCGGUAAACGGAUUGAAAGCAUUGAACUGGGCUUGUCGGUGAUGCGAAUGGUUAGCAGCAUGGCAGAGCUCACCACACGGCAGGCGCUCGUUCUGUGGAUACUAAAACUGCUGUUGUCCGAAAUGCGGUUAAACGACAUGGUAUCCAUCAUGCGAGAGUUCUUCUAUAUGACCGACCAUUACGACUUGAGCUCGGAAACAUGGUAUUAUUAUUAUGCCUUGGUUAUUUUACUGGACACGGGAUACUGCGUCGAGUCUUACAAAACUUGUGAAAGGUUUUACAUGAAGAAAGGUGAUGCAAUACUUCGCUCCAAGACCUCCUUAGCUGCUUGGAACUUCUUUGUUUGCAUGUGGCUUGUGACUAUAAGAUUGGGCGUAUGGGAGAGGUCAGCAAUGUGGGAAGAAAAAAUUAAACAAUUGGUAACGAUGAAAUUUGAAAGCCACGAGUUCUACGCAAUGAUCCUUGUAAGGUUACUUGAAGGUAUUAUGAUACGUAUGGUCGAAGAGGUAAUA